AUGCCGAAAGUGAUGGUGUGUACCAGAGCGAAGCUCGAGUCCUAUGUGAAAAUCCUCGGCGACGGGAACCUCUCGACCGACGGACACGUUAUACUGUGCAAAAUCUGCGAGCGGCAAGUGACAGCUGACCGGAAAUCUCAAAUCACCCAGCAUCUCAAUGGCGCGAGACACAAAUCGCUCCUUAUCAAGAAGACUCAGGCGACAUCAUCGAGUGUAGUCCAGAUCGGCUCUUUCCUGAAGACCUCAGGGAGGCAAUCAAAAUUCAAGCUCGAUCUUCGUGAAGCGUUGGUUUCUGCUGGUAUCCCGUUGCGAAAAUUAGAGAACGCGAAGUUGAAGCGUUUCCUCGGAACAUAUUCAAAAGAGCAGAUACCCUGUCCAUCGACUCUCCGGAAGAUCUAUUUGGAGAGUGUCUAUGAGCAGAAGUUGGAAUUCAUCAGGAACGCUGUGGAUGGCACAUCGAUAUGGCUAUCUAUCGAUGAAAGAACCGACGUAACCGGCCGAUCGGUUGCUCACACGGUCGUGGGCACGCUCGGAACGGAAGGAACCAAAAGUUUUCUAUUGCAUGCAGAAAGUCUUGAAAAGACCAACAGCUCCACGAUUUCACAAGCGUUCAUGAACUCUCUGGCAGUACUCUGGCCAGAUGGAAUUCAACAUGAAAAGGUACUCCUCUUUGUCUCCGAUGGUGCCGCUUAUAUGAAGAAGGCCGGCGCUGCUCUGAAAGUGAUCUUCAGCAAAAUGCUACAUGUAACGUGUGCUGCUCACGCAGUGCAUAGUAUAGCCGAAGAAGUCAGGCUAAUCUUCCCUGACGUCGACAGGCUAGUCGCUAACGGAAAGAAAGUUUUCCGUAAGUCGGCAGCACGAGUCAUCCGUUUCCGAGAGAUCGCACCGGGCACUGCUUUGCCACCGCAGCCGAUCCUCACAAGAUGGGGCACGCGGAUCGAUGCAGCGAUUUACUACGCUAGAAACCUCGAGGUGUUCUCUUCGGUGAUCUAUGCUCUCGAUGCCAGUGAAGCCGCCAGCAUACGUGUCGUCCAGCAGCUCUUGGAAGCGGCAACGUUGAAGGACGAUCUCGCGUUCAUCGACGCACACUUCGGUGCUCUGCCGAAGGGCAUCGCAGCGCUCGAAGAGCAAAACGUACCCCUCGUAGGAAGCACCGAGAUUUUUGAAAAUCUCCUCCUCGACCUAAAACGAACUCCAGGUUCCAUUGGUGAGAAAAUACGUCGGAAAUGCGAUCACGUCCUACGCGACAAUCCUGACUACCACCAGCUGAAAAGAGUGGCCAACAUCCUGCGCGGUUACGCUUCCGAGGAACCUGACGACGACAUCCUCAGUCCGUCGGAGCUGGCUUCGUUGAAGUUCGCGCCGAUCACUUCAGUAGAUGUGGAGAGAUCGUUUUCCAUGCUGAAGCAUACAUUAAGUGACCGACGGCGAGGUUUUACGUUCGAACACUUAAAACAAGUCCUUGUGGUAUAUUGUAAUCAGUGA